GUUGCCUCUGCAGGGUGAAGAGCAAGUGAAGAGCGACACACUUUCCAUUCAGCACAACUACUUUUACACAAUGGCAACAGCACAGCUUUUCUUCUAUCUGGCAUGUCUGCUGUUGGGGGAAAUGGCUCGGAUGGAUAACUUGAAUUUGUACACACCGGUUCGUCAAGAGAGGCGUUUUCUAUCAGGUAAAACUGGAGACAACAUGACUCUGCGAUGUUUCUAUGAAGGAGAUGCAGUGAUGCUUUACUGGUAUAAACAAACUCUGGGACAGGAACCAAGGCUCAUGUCUACCUCCUACAAGCAUGACAUAGAUGGCACUUUCUACAAUGAAUUUCAGAGCGAUCCACGCUUCACACUGGUUCGUGUAAAAGGAAAAAAUCACCUGAAGAUAACAGAUCUGCACAUUUCAGACUCAGCUACUUACUACUGCGCAAGUAGCUAUUUAUUCACAUUAGACUUCGCAGAAGGCGCUACCGUCAAUGUAAACCACUCAGGUUUGAACUUCCAAACUUUGGCCCAGCAGGCAACAUCUAAGGCAAUCCAACCAGGAGACGCUGUGACUCUGAACUGUACAGUAAACACUGGGACCUGUGAUGGAGAACGGAGUGUUUACUGGUUCAGAACUGAAGGAGAAUCUUAUCCAGGACUAAUUCACACCUGUGGAGGCAGGAAGGAUAACUGUGAGAAGGAACCCAACACACAAACGCACACCUGUGUCUACAACCUGCCAUUAAAGAGCCUCAAUCUGUCUAAUGUUGGGACCUACUACUGUGCUGCUGCCUCAUGUGGACACAUUCUGUUUGGAAAUGAGACCAAGCUGGACACUGAGGAUGAGGAAGACCGUCUUGUCUUGGUGUACGCCUUGAGUGGGGCUGUGGCAUUCACCACCAUCCUGAGUGUUUUAUUGCUGAUCGAGAAGACAAAUACAUGCCACUGUACAGAAUGUCAUGAAACAGUUUCAGAUCCCUCCACAAAGAAAGUAGAGGAUUACCAAACUGAAGGCCCUCUCUGUUACACUGCUUCAUGGGAGAAUCCAGUCAUUAGAUCAAGAGGACAGAGGGACGACACAUGGAGUGAAUGUGUGUACUUCAGUGUCAGGCAGUAGAGUUGGACAUGUUUCAUCUUUGUCUCUGUGUAACAGGGAACAUUUUCAUACUCGCUCUUACACAGUAUAACAUGCCUUCUGUAGUUUUUCUUUUUUAAAUUUCAGCUAAAUGUGACGACUUUAUAGACUUUCUUUCCUGAAACGCAUUAAAUAAACUUUUCAAAGACCAUAAAUAUAAGUGUUUGAACUCUACAUAUAGGAUACCCUCAGGUUUCUUGUUAGUUUCUGUACUCAUAUCUUGACAGAAAUACUAAGACUUUAACAAACUAUGAUUUCAGCUAAAUGUGAUGACUGGAGAGUCA